AUGGAAAAUUCCGAAAGCAUAACUGCGAGAGCAAACAUGGAAAAUACUACAUCGUGUUGUCACCCGGCGCAUCGAGUUCAUAGAUUUAUUGCAUUGAUAUUGAUGUGUUUUCUUUGUUUUGGAUCAUAUUUUUGUUAUGAUACACCUGGAGCCUUAGCUGAUAAUUUCAAAGGGGAUUCCCACCUAAAUACAUCACAGUUUGCGCUCUUAUACUCUAUAUACUCAUGGCCAAAUGUGGUGUUAUGUUUCAUCGGUGGUUAUCUCAUUGAUAGGUAUUUUGGUGUAAGACUAGGUACCAUUAUCUAUAUGUCCAUAUUGUUUGUUGGAGCUGUCCUUUUUGCAUUUGGAGUAUACAUAGAUAAGUUUUGGUUGAUGAUACUUGGCAGAUUUAUAUUUGGCAUAGGUGGAGAAUCGUUACAAGUAGCUGUGAACAAUUAUGUUGUGCUAUGGUUCAAAGGAAAAGAACUCAAUAUGGUGUUCGGAUUACAACUUUCUUUUUCUCGUUUUGGUAGUACUGUUAACUUUUGGGUCAUGGAACCCAUUUAUCACUGGGUUGCAAAUUACUAUGGUGGUUAUGAACGAUUGGGUGUAACAUUAUUCAUAGCCUCUAUGACGUGUCUGGGAUCACUUAUAUGUGGACUGCUUCUUGGCUGGAUGGAUCAUAGAGCUGAAAAAAUAUUAGAUAGAAGAGAAGAGCAUGCAAAUGAUCCUCCUUUCAGAAUGCUUGACAUUCUUAAUUUCAAAGCUGUAUUCUGGCUUGUCUCUGUGAUUUGUGUUGCUUACUAUUUAGCAAUAUUCCCUUUUAUCGCCUUAGGAAAAUUAUUCUUCGAAAGAAAGUUUGACUUCAAUCCACAAGAUGCAAACACUGUAAACUCUAUGGUAUAUUUUCUAUCUGCUGCGCUGAGUCCAUUUUUCGGGAUCCUCAUAGACAAGACAGGACGAAAUGUGACCUGGGUUAUAUUAAGUAUUAUUACAACGAUUGGUUCCCAUUUUCUGCUCGCAUUCACAUUUGUUAAUCCCUACGUAGGAGUGAUGUCACUAGGAAUCUCUUACUCACUUCUAGCGAGUGGACUCUGGCCCUUAGUUGCUAUGAUUGUUCCAGAAUCGCAAUUGGGAACCGCCUACGGAAUAUGUCAAGCUGUCCAAAACCUUGGUUUAGCGACCGUUAUUAUUCUUGCUGGUGUUAUCGUUGAUAAAUUUGGUUAUCUCAUGCUGGAGAUGUUCUUCUUGGGAUGCUUAUUUAUCGCUUUGAUUGCUGCCGUGCUCAUAUAUAUUUUGGAUUCAGCUAACUCUGGUGUACUGAACCUAUCGCCGUCUGAGAGAGAAGCUUUGAAAAUGCCUACAGUACGAACAGAUGAAAGAGCGAAUCUCCUAGAUCACGCAGAGAGCUCGGACGCGGACGAAGAGGUGAGACCCUCUGAAGAUGAAAGGGACAGUGGCUUAACACAAUCGGACCGCAUUAGAAGCCGGUACAUUGCACAGAUACUGCCAAACACUAACAUUCCUGACAGACAAAGACUGACACCUUCCAUCUAA